CGGAGUGCGACAGUUUCAGAAACUUUUUGCGUUUGUUCUUUAGCUGUGUUGUGUUAAUUGUAUCAGUUUUCUUUAUUUUUUAUUACUGCAUUAUUUUAUACGAUUAGACACAUAGAAAUGGCUACAAGGGACAAAGCAACUAACCAACUUGUUGAUUACAAAAAUAGUUUAAGUCAGAACGAUGUCGCAACCACCAGCCACGGAACCCGCAUCCCCGAGAAGGACGCAACCAUGACAGUCGGUAUAAGGGGCCCGGUCCUAAUCCAGGACAACCAUUUCAUCGAAGAAAUAGCCCACUUUGACCGCGAAAGGAUCCCUGAGCGUGUCGUCCACGCCAAAGGAGCUGGAGCCUUUGGUUAUUUCGAGGUUACCCACGACAUUAGCAAAUACUCCGCUGCCAAGGUGUUUUCCACCAUUGGGAAGAAGACCCCCGUGGCCGUGAGGUUCUCCACGGUGGGAGGGGAGGCGGGAUCUGCGGACACGGUGAGGGAUCCCAGAGGCUUCGCCGUUAAGUUUUACACCGAGGAUGGUAUCUGGGAUCUUGUCGGGAAUAACACGCCGAUAUUCUUCAUUAGGGAUCCUAUUUUCUUCCCUAGUUUUAUCCAUACGCAGAAGAGGAACCCCCAGACGCACCUGAAGGACCCGGACAUGUUCUGGGACUUCCACUCGUUGAGGCCGGAAACCAUGCACCAGUUUUUGUUCUUGUUUGCUGACAGAGGCAUUCCUGAUGGUUACAGACACAUGAACGGCUACGGCUCCCACACUUUCAAACUGGUUAAUAAAGAGGGCAAGGUACACUAUUGCAAAUUCCACUACAAAACAGACCAGGGGAUAAAAAAUUUGGACGUCAAAAAAGCCGAGGUGCUGUCGGGAACCGACCCCGACUAUUCCAUCAGAGACCUAUUCAACGCCAUCGCCAACGGCCAAUAUCCGUCUUGGACCUACUACCUCCAGAUAAUGACCCCCGAGCAAGCCACCGCUUGCAAAUUCAACCCCUUCGAUCUUACGAAAAUCUGGCCUCACGCCGACUACCCCUUGAUAAAAUUCGGAAAAAUGGUGCUUAACCGCAAUCCCGAGAAUUAUUUUGCGGAGGUGGAACAAAUCGCUUUCUCGCCAGCACACUUGGUGCCCGGCAUCGAGCCUUCGCCCGACAAGAUGUUGCAAGGUCGACUGUUCGCGUACGGGGACACCCACAGGCACCGUCUGGGUCCGAAUUAUUUGCAGUUGCCGGUUAACUGUCCGUUCAAAGUUAGGAAUUUCCAGCGUGAUGGCCCUAUGUGCUUUAACAACCAAGGAAAUGCUCCGAAUUAUCACCCUAAUAGUUUCGGUGGUCCCGAUGUUGAUGAGGACGUUAAAACUCUGUAUCAACCGUUUUCUGUCGCUGGAGAUGCUUACAGGUACGAUACUGGAGACCAAGACAACUUCUCCCAGGCCAGGGACUUCUAUCACGGGGUACUGGACGGCGCUGCGAAAGAAAGACUAAUUUCCAACAUCGUUAAUAAUCUUUCGGCAGCCUCCGCCUUCAUUCAAGACAGAUGCGUCAGGAAUUUCGCGCAGGUCGACAAGAACUUGAGCGAAAGAAUUGCAGAGGGCCUGAAAGUGGUUCAGCGCACCAAGGCCAAUUUAUAAGUGCCUUAAAGAUGUUUUUUUAUAAAAUUUGUAAUAUUUUAUAAUUGGGUGUCGAUGUUUACUUAUUUUUAAGAAACAAGUUGUUUUAAUUCUAUAUUUUUUUGAUAAUUGUGAUUAUACUGAAAUAUUGUUGUUGUUGUUCGGUGAAAAUAGAAAUGUACCAUGAAAA